GGCGGCGGCGGUGCCAAGAGCUCGGCCACGGUGAGCCGCAACCUCAACCGCUUCUCCACCUUCGUCAAGUCCGGCGGGGAGGCCUUCGUGCUGGGCGAGGCAUCGGGCUUCGUGAAGGACGGGGACAAGCUGUGUGUGGUGCUGGGCCCCCGGGGCCCCGAGUGGCAGGAGAACCCCUACCCCUUCCAGUGCUCCAUUGAGGACCCCACCAAGCAGACCAAGUUCAAGGGCAUGAAGAGCUACAUCGCCUACAAGCUGGUGCCCAGCCACACCGGGCAGCAGGUGCACCGCCGCUACAAGCACUUUGACUGGCUCUACGGGCGCCUGGCCGAGAAGUUCCCUGUCAUCUCCGUGCCCCACUUGCCGGAGAAGCAGGCCACUGGCCGCUUCGAGGAGGAUUUCAUCUCCAAACGUCGCAAAGGCCUGGCCUGGUGGAUGGACCAUAUGUGCAGCCACCCUGUGCUGGCUCAGUGCGAUGCCUUCCAGCACUUCCUCACCUGUCCCAGCACGGAUGAGAAGGCCUGGAAACAAGGAAAGCGCAAGGCUGAGAAGGAUGAGAUGGUGGGUGCCAACUUUUUCCUGACCAUCAGUGUCCCCACUGGCCCUGGGGCCGGCCUGGACUUGCAGGAGGUGGAAAGCCAGGUGGAUGGCUUCAAAGCCUUCACGAAGAAGAUGGACGAGAGUGCCCUGCAGCUUAAUCACACGGCCAAUGAGUUUGCCCGCAAACAAGUCACUGGUUUCAAGAAGGAGUACCAGAAGGUGGGGCACUCCUUUAAGUGCCUCAGUCAGGCAUUUGAGCUCGACCAGCAGGCCUUUUCGGCUGGCCUCAACCAAGCCAUAGCCUUCACUGCAGAAGCCUACGACGCCAUUGGGGACCUCUUUGCAGAUCAGCCCCGGCAGGACCUAGAUCCUGUGAUGGAUUUGUUAGCGCUGUAUCAGGGGCAUUUGGCCAACUUUCCAGACAUCAUCCACGUCCAGAAAGGAGCCCUUACCAAAGUAAAGGAGAGUAAGCGGCAUGUGGAAGAGGGGAAGAUGGAGCUCCAAAAGGCUGAGGGCAUUCAAGAACGCUGUAACAUUAUUUCUUUUGCAACCCUAGCAGAAAUUAAUCAUUUCCACAAAAUUCGUGUGAGGGACUUUAAAUCACAGAUGCAGCAUUUCUUGCAACAGCAAAUACUCUUUUUUCAAAAAGUGACACAAAAGCUAGAAGAAGCUCUUCACAAGUAUGACAGUGUUUAAUCUCUGAACUUUGAGUUGUGGACUUCCCUCAGCAUGAACAUGACCCAGGCAGCGGAGCAAACGCUGCUGCUGCUGCUGAAGAACUGUUGCCAGCAGUAGAUGGUGGUACAAGGAUGGUUUUGUGUUCACCUGGAACCCCGGUUUAAUCUCCGAUUAUGUAGAAAGGAAACAGUUAUAGGGCUAUGUAGUAGAAACAGUACCACGCAUUGUAACUAAGUUAUACUGUGUAUGCCUACAUUACCAUUGUAACUUUUUGAAAUAAUGAGUAUACUAUUUGCCUUAUUGCUUUUUGAAAUACGGUAUUUUAGUGCAUACUUUGUAGACCUGAAAACCCUUUGGGUCUUUAAGGAAGUUGGCUAGAUAAAAGCCUGCUUCAGAUGCCUUUUGACUUUCCUAGAUUUGGAUUUCCUAAAUUCAAAAAAUUCUCUGUUUACAGACUCCUACUAGAGCAGCUAUGUGAUUCUGUGCCUUUAGACUCUAUUUUUCCUUUUCUAGUAAGUCACAUUUUUAUGAUUGAAUGAAUGAAGGGUUGAUGCCUAUGACAGGAACUGAUUAUGAAACCUCACAUUGACUGGAAAAAAAUCAGCUGCCAUCCAGUUUGCACAGCAAGUACUGUCUUACGACAAAAGUUGGCUCAAAAAGGAGAACUUAAAUCUAUUGACGCUUUCCCUGAAAAUAGAGACUACUUGUUACAUGUACUAAGAUGUUAAGCACAUAUACAAAAAUACACCACUUAAUUCUCUUUCUGAAAUGAAUAAUACAGUGAGGUUGUUUUUUUUUUCAGUAUACAGCAUUACUGUGAGUGGAAAGUUGAAGAGCUGGCCUAAUAAAAAUGAUGUAUAUCAAGGGGAUAUGAAUGCAAGCUACGUGGCUGGAACAUUUUUUUAAGUUUGAAAUGAUCUACUCAUUGUUCAGUUGCUGAUUCAGUUUAACUUCAGACUUGCAUCUACAUUGGCAGUUGUUUGAGUUGAAAUUCCACUGUGAUUCAUUAGUUUACUAAGUUACAAGUUUUCAGGGAUGUUCAGUAAUGUAAAUGACCUGAAAUAACUCUUGGCUGAACUGACUUGGAAAACAGGUGGCAUUUUUAUGUUUGUAACACUCAAGAAUUAACAGUUGUCUUAAUUUUUUUAUAAAUAUUUUUGACAAGCAGGGUGCAUUUAUAUAUAUGUAAACACUAUCUUUUAAAGAGUUUUCUGGCUUAUUUCCCUUGAAUUGAGUCUGAAGUCUGUGUUUCUUACCCAUUGGUUUCCUUCUUAUAGGUCAGUGUGAAAGAGGUUUUUUAUUUAUCCUAUCU